AUGCAUGCCAUUUCAACAAACAACAGCAACAACCAUAGUAGAAGUCAUAGAGGAUACAACAUUAUGAACUCACAAGCGAGCAGUGGUGGUGGUGGUAGCAGUAGUAAUAAUACUUGUAGUAGUUUCCAUCAGGAUCAUCAUCACCCUCAUGCAAACCUUCCUCCGGCCUCGCUGCUACUCACUCAACAACCUCCGUUUUCAUCCAACAACAUCCAUACGACAAGUAGUACCACUAGGAACACCUAUUCUCGACAAGAUUCGCCUCUACCAUCAUCAUCCUCUUUUCAACCUUCGACCAUACCAAAUCAAAGCCAUGCAUGCUUCAAUUCCUCCUCUUUCCCUCAUGCAUCAUCAUCGACACAUACAUGCAUGGAUGGUCCCAAUAACCACCACAUGUAUUUACAUUCACAUGCUGUAUACAACAACACAACAACAACGAUGGACCAUCCUUUAGAGUCCUCAAGAUCCUUUCAUUCAUCCAUGUUUCGGCCGUCGACAAUGUUAUCGAAUUCGGCACUUUCCUCAACAUGCCUUACUAAUAGAGAUUCCGAUGAUCGAACCAUGAACAACAACGUAAUACAACAAGUUCAUCAUAGAACCACCAACAACCACCAUUACGAUUUCGUGGACCACGACUCAAUAUUUCCGGAUUUGUCCUAUAAGGAAAAACAAAAAACACCAUUUAAGAUGUCUGGACUUGAUUCGGCCGACCACAACGCGUUCAUCGUUGCAUCAUCGAAUAUUCAUGAAGGAGAGGUACAUGAAACAACACGGAGGAGAAGCGUUAGUCAUCACAGUGGUGGAAGUGGUACUGCUGCUGCUGCUCUUUCACCACCGCACCAUCAUUCACAACAACAAACGACUCCUCCGCCUCGACUGAUGACUUCAUCAGAGGCUCAACAGACACAGCAAGGAGUCAAAAGACCGAAUGGCCAACAAGCACAUAUUACCAUGACAACCAUCACGUUUGAGGAAUUGUCCACGUAUUUUGAUUGGAAAUUAGAACAUGCAUGUGAGGCCAUUGGUAUUAGUAGUACAUCCAUGAAAAAGUUAUGCAGACAUUUCAACAUUCCUCGAUGGCCCUAUAGAAAACUACGUAGUCUGUACAUUAAAAAAGACAAGAUAUUAGAAAAUAUGAAGAAUACAAUUAACUCUAAAAAAUUGGAACAACAACUUGCACAAGUGAAUGCUGAAAUUGAAAAGGUAAAGACACCCUCCCAACCCAGUGCUGCCUAUCAAUUAAACAAUAGCAGCAAUACGAGUGCUGGUGAAGAAUCGGCAGAAGAAAAUAGUGAUCCUGAAGUGGACACAGUAUUGGAACCAUCGAAAAAGAAAAAAACUCUAACCUACAAUAGAUCACAAACUCCUUCGACACCUCCUCUCAGCUCUCAGAGCUCGAAUCAUCCUCAUACCUCGAGAAGUGAGUCAACAAGAGAGCAGCGCCUUAAUCAUUCACCCACACUUCGUAAAUCUCCACCCAACCCCGGCGAAAGUAUGAAAAAUGUAUCAUUCCGACAUCAGUCAUCCACGGAUGCAACACCUUCUUCUACUAGGUUGACGAAUAUGACAUUGCUUGGAGAUAAUACUCCCAAUUUCCCUGUAUAUUCUAAUCCUCCGCUGUAUCAUGCAGCGUAUUCUACAACACCUCCUCUAUCGCAUGCGUCUCAACAAGACAUCAAGCCGAGCGAAAUUUCCAAUCCUUUUUCAUCAAGCAACUCGACAAAGUUGCCAUCCAUUCAUGAUUUAUUGAAAGAUAUGAACACCAAACGAGAAUAUUAA